GAUCAGUCCAACUGUGCUGACUUCCGCUCGGAGCAGAGAGACGUAUCAUCAGGACUCGGUACUGUCAUCAAGAUCGUUAACGUUCAUUGGGAUUGUACACAUACAGACGCUGUUUUUCCAUUCAGGAAUCAUCUUCAUCCCUAAAACAAGUGCACUGAGUCUCUUUUUCUCACUCUCUUGCUUUCUGGAAGCCUCUGCUGUGCUCCUGGAUAAAGGAGCCGCCGUUUUCCAACAGCUCUACCAGCAGGAGAAGCAGAGAGCAGUCCCAAAGGAGGACAGUGGACUCAAUGAGGGAGCCAGAGAGGGAGGAGCAGCUCGACCCCAGCAUGCCUCCCAAAUUUAAACGGCAUCUGAAUGAUGAAGAGGUGACCGGCUCUAUUCGCAGUGAAAGGAGAAACCUACUGGAGGAGGAUUCUGAUGAGGAAGAGGACUUUUUCUUGAGAGGACCUACAGGACCACGAUUUGGUGGCGAAAAUGACAAAAUUAGAAAGGUGCAGUCUCAGGUUGAUGAGGUCAUUGAUGUCAUGCAGGAGAACAUCUCGAAAGUGAUAGAGCGAGGCGAACGUCUGGAUGAGCUGCAGGACAAAUCUGAGAGCCUGUCAGACAAUGCGUCAGCAUUUAGCAGUAGAGCCAAGCAGCUCCAUAGAAGGAUGUGGUGGAGAGACAUGAAGAUGAAAAUGAUUGUGGCAUUGGUUGUGGUCAUCCUUCUGCUUAUUAUAAUCAUUCCUGUGAUCUUGCGGUAUCGCUAGUGUCUGGCAGGGAGGUUAGAGGCGCAAUGUUCUCUUCCUCCCACCUCUUCUGCAUCUUUCUGCUGUCAUUCCUCCGAGCCAGAGGGGGGCGCUGCACAGAGUUGGGCUGCCCACUGUGUUUGCCUGUUUGGGCAGGGUCUGGAAACAUAACAAACUGGGGCAGAGUUUCAUUUGUGUGUGUGUGUGUGUGUGUGUGUGUGUGUGUGUGUGUGUGUGUGUGUGUGUGUGUGUGUGUGUGUGUGUGUGUGUGUGUGUGACACAAAUUUUUUAUCACGACAAUGGCACAACACUGCUGCAGACCUGUCUCUUGUAGGCAUACAUACACAAAACUACUGUAAUUAAAAGUAAACGAAGGUCAUUUUUGUUGUAUAUGCAUUCGGUAACAUGAAGACAAACUUACAGCUCUGCAUUCUUUUUUCGUUUUUAUUGCAAAGUCGUUUUAGUUCAUUAAAAGUGUACACAACCACACAUACACGUUCCUUGGAAUACGUUCUUCUCAGGAGGGUGGGGGCAAUAAGAAAAAAUGGGUAAGGCUGAACAGGAAAUGACAUGUGACGAUGUCACUGUGUGUGUUUAAAUUAGAUGGACUACUAUAACUACUCUGAAAGGCAAGUAAUGGAUUUCUGUAAUGUUUGCUGCUAUUGCCAUUUUUAAGUUUAAUAAUCACAGUUAAUUGUGUUGAGUCGUUAUUAUUUGUUAUUUGCUUUUUCUUCAUGCUUGUAAAUGGUUUAUGUACAGAUUGUAAUACUUUUGUUCACUGGUGUCAUUUUAGCAGCGUGUUGAUUGGUCAGUGAUGUGAUGGAUGUGUGUGAUGAUGAUUUGAUUGAGACACACCUGUGAACUUGCUUCAGGACAUUUAAUUUGACUGACUAUUCUAUGUCAUUUUUAAUUUAUUGGUAAAUAUCCAUUCCCAUGACAUUGGCUUUGUGCUGGAGGACUGAAUUACUUAUACAUUUGAAAUAAAGUGAUUUUAAAUGGCAUUUGAUCUGAUUUAUUGUGAAAAACGUCAGAAGUGGUGCAUUUAAAUGUAAUGCCAGUUUAUACUGUGAAAUAAAAUGUUAUCUUAAAGGG